AUGAACUUUCUGUCUUCCCUCAAUAAGAAUCUGAGUGCAAACAUCACAACCAACAAACACCAGAUUGUUCAGCGGCCGUUGCAGCCACCUCCAGUAGCACCUCAACAAAGCAUCUCGCCAGGACCUCCAGGAACCUAUGCUCCAAAUACGAUCUUGACUGUUGGAGAAAGGAAGGUCGUGGUCGAAAAGUUCCUUGCUGAAGGUGGCUAUGCUCACGUAUAUGUCGUAGUAUCCCUGCCAGAUGAGCAGGCAGUGCUGAAACGAAUUGCAUGUCCUGAUGAGGACUCCUUGUUGGACAUGCGGAAGGAGAUUACAUGGAUGAAACUAUUGUCGGGGCACAAGAACAUCGUAACAUACUAUGAUUCAGAUGUUCAACCAUUGACUGUUGGCGGAGGAGGUUAUGAGGUGUUUAUUCUAAUGGAGUACUGUACAGGAGGUCAUCUCGUGGACUUUCUAAACACUCGAUUAAGCAGUCGUCUAACAGAAGCCGAAGUCCUCACAAUAUUCUCAGACAUUUGUGAGGCAGUAGCUCACAUGCACUAUGCGGAUCCUCCCAUAAUACACCGAGACCUCAAAAUCGAAAACGUACUUAUUGCUACCAAUGGUAAACAUAAAGUAUGUGAUUUCGGAUCUGCCACCACUAGGAUGGUAUUGCCAAAUGCAGCGCUGCCUGCUUCAGAGAUACGGUUGUUGGAAGAAGAAAUCAACAAGUAUACUACGCUGCAGUAUCGGAGUCCUGAAAUGUGUGACUUGUAUUCUAGAAAGGGGCUGACGGAGAAGACAGAUAUGUGGGCACUGGGUGUCCUGCUGUAUAAACUGUGUUAUUUCACCACACCGUUUGAAGAUGGUGGAAAGCUAGCGAUUCUCAAUGGUCGAUAUACAAUGCCCAACUAUCCUGUAUACUCUCAAGGAUUGAUCAAACUCAUAGAUUCGAUGCUUCUGGUCGAUGUAAAUAAACGUGCAAAUAUCUUCCAGGUCUAUUCCGCUGUGUGUAAAUUGAGGAAUGGCCCUUGCUUUCUGCAAAAUAAAUACCCAGAUGCACCACCUCUGGCAGAUAUACAAGCACCACUAGUGAAACAAGUACCACUCUUCCAAUCGCGAACACCUGUAACUUCUCAGUACCCAAUACCACUACCACCUACAGAUUUGCCUCCAGAUCCAGCAUUAACUGAUGCCGGUAAUCAGAUGCGGAGAGGACGGCCGCCAAAACAAUCAUCUCGUGGCUCAUCACAAACCUUAUCAGGAUUUUUGAGUGGAGCAUUAAAUGGAGCACUAGCAUCGUUUGAAUCUGAUUCUAACAUGAGUAGCAGCAAUAGCAGUGCCAAGAGUAACUCCAUGAGUGCUCUGAAUAGUGCAGGUGAAACAAACUUUUAUGCUACAGCUGGUGGUCAAAUACAACGGCGGGGGUCUCAAGUGCUAGGCCAUCCACCACAACCACCACUCAAACCUGAACGUAAAUCAUCGGGUUCUAUCGAUGCUGGUAAACCUUAUAGUAGUGACGUCUCAAGUAGUAAUACGAGUACAGCAAGUGGCAGUAAUCCGUUCGAUGAUGAUGCCUUCAAUCCAUUCCGAGGAUUGAAAAAAAACACGACAAGGUCUAUACCCGAUCUGAAGGUGGCGACCAAUGUACCACCGACGGAAGCCUAUACUAGUGCUACUGGGUCUAUGGUGACGUCGCCAACGGCAGCCAACAGCCAAUCUACUGCCAGUCAGCUACAAGUUAUAACGCAGCAGCAGCAACUACACAUACAACAGCAAUUUCAGCAAAUGACAACAUCAAGAGGACAUUUAAGGACUCAUUCAAUGGAUUCUGGCCCAAAUGCGUAUAAUGGUCAGUCUGGUAGACCACGGUCGACUAUAACUCCGUCGACAUCGGGACAUGCUUAUAGUCGUAGUGAAGGUGUUGGCAGUAAUAAUAAUAACAGUAAUUCAUGGGUCACGGUGCAGACUGUGGAUAUAAAUCAUCAGCCACUAGGAAUAUCAGGAACAGGACCUAUAAAACCUCAUCGCCCGUCAUUAUCAAUAUCGCAGCAUAAUACUCCGUUGAGUGAGAUACCGCCGCCAUUACCAACAAGACCUCCUGAACUGCAGCAAAACAUGAACACUGGUAACAGCAGUAGCAACAGUAGUCUAGUAGGUGGAUUAAAUACGUUUAGACCUACACAUUCAGCACCUUCAUCAAGGAUGGGAUCAGCGGUUGGGGUAGUUGGAGUGGAUCCGAAUCAAAUGAUUGGAUUUUUAGGUGCAGUGAAUGCUCGAAUGGGUGGUGGUAACACGUCGUCAUCGAGUUCCUCAACACAUGGAUCAAUACAUGGUGGAUCCGCACAACAAAGUCCAGCCAUUUUUUCACAAAGUCCUGCCAACUUUGCACCAAUAAAUACCAGCAAUAUGGCCUCGCCGAAUAAUAUAAAUGGGAAUGUUGGACUUGGUGUCAGUAGCGCCAAUGGUGGUGCAGCAAGACAAUCAUGGGCACCAUCACUAACACCAUCCGGCAUAGCACCUGCUGAUCCAUACCAUCAAACACGAGCAUCAUGGGCACCAGGUACACCAGCAUCCAAUAACCCAUUCUUACCGAAUGCAAUGACAAUGAUGGCUCAGCAACAGCAACUGCAGUAUACAGGGAAUAGUUUAAAUCAUCGAGCAUCAUGGGUUACGAAUUCAUCAUCUUCAUCUAACGAUCCGUUUGGUGAAGAUUUCGUGUUGGAGGGUAAUCCGGUUACUAGUGUGGGUCCCGCAUCGUGGGUGCCGUUGAUGCCUAGUCCUGGUGGGCCAGUGCCGUCGUCAAUGCACGGGAAGGAUAAUAGUAGCUCGAGUAGUGGUGGUUGGGAGGGUUUCGACCUACGGCCAAAGACUGGGCAGAACACGAACUAUUGA